AUGACUAUUUUAUAUAAAGUUGAAAGCAAAGAUUUCAGCAAGGACAGUGUUUUCCCCCAUAAAGUGGUACUCUGUGCAAUUUCGGCCAAAAACAUCAUCGCCUUCAGUGCCUUAGAAAGUGUUACCGUACCGGGUGAAGGCGUUGCAGGAGGUGUUGCAGCUUGCAACAGUCACAUCUAUGUUUGCGACAUCGUCACACCGUGGCAGUAUUACAAAGUUUGCUCGGCCAAGGCAUUAAUCAAUGUACUGGAGUGGCGGUCGAAUGGCGAAGAGCUGCUCCUCGGGUAUAUUGGUGGGCGCGUUGAAAUUUGGCAACCCAAGGAGAAUGUCCUUAAUGUGUGGCAACUACAGUAUGUUGUUGACAUACCCAGCGAGGACAUUAUACAGGCCAAGUUCUUCUACAAUGGCAAGGGCAUCGUUUUUAAUGCCCAGAAAAAAGAUGUCACCUACUAUACCGAGAAGUUUGAGCGGCUAGAACAGCGCCCCACGCUGACGGGUUUUGGUGGCGUAGCGAAAGAAGGCUGUAUUGUGGUUACAGCCUCGGGCUUGUUAGCUGCAUUUCUGUUACCAAUGCUGCAAAAGAAUACGCCUGGAACGGAGUCUGCCACCACCGAGGUAACUAAAUUGACACCGUCCAUUCAUAGCAUUGGAAUAGCGCGUAGCUACAUCACACAUUGCAGCCUGCUACCUAGUGCCAGUGGUGCACUCAACGUUGCUAUUAGCUGUGGUUGGCAGGAACAGCUGGUGAAUUGUUUCAAGGUGUCUUUGAAACUGGACAGCGAUUACGGCGUCGAGCCUUGCAUUAGCAUUAAAUCCGAGUCGCAGGCGAGCAUAUUUCUCAAUCCACUAGAAGGCAAGCACAUUACGCAACUCAAAUGGAUCCGGGUAGCUGGUGACGAUGUUAUCUGCAUAGUGUAUGCCUGUGUCGAUGGCGGCAGCAUUCUAGAGCAGUGGGCACUCACACGACGACAUCACAAUGUCCAUGCCCUAUUGCAACAGCAGCAGCAGCAACAACAACAGCAGUCGAGCAACAACAAUGUGCAAUCCGAAAGUUGGGAGCAGGCGGCCAAGGUACAUUUUCCAGUGGCUAUUAGCGAUGUGUGUAUUACACGUAUGUCCAUGGCAACAGCGGACUGUGUCCAAAUCUAUGCCAUUAUGAAGGACAACAGUGUGCAUGUGCUAGAGUCUGGUACACUGAAAAAACUCAAUCACACGCAAUUUGAUCGUUUUGCUGACGCUGCAGGGGUAAAAUUCGUUUGUGGUGAUCUAACACCCACAAGUCAGAUGCUUUUAAUCUUCGAUAGCAAAGCCCAGCUGUAUGCCAUGCAGACACCACUGUUAAAGCAUCAGGGCAGCGGAGCUUUGUUGCUCAUGCUUUUAGAGUACUGCAUCAUUACGGGCGUCGAUUGCAGCGAUGUGUUGCUGCUCAAUCUUAACAAUCUGGAGGCUCUGGUGGAUAAGUUAUCGGAUAACUUUACACGACAGCCAUCUUAUGCCCGGCACUAUUAUUACUCAAAUUUUCUUGCGCUUAAAAGCAAUUUGUGUCGCGUCCAGCAGCAGGAGUUUGAUAAUCUUAUAAUUCUGCAUGCAAUUUCCACCACUUUUAAAAGUCUCUUGCGUCCUUCGGAUCUUGGCUGUCAGGACAAGGGACCUGCCGAUAAUUUGGCCAUGAAAUUGGCUGAGUCUAUACCAGAUGUGGACACCGUUAUGUUAAAUCUGGAUGCCAAGGAUUUUACUGUCGAGCCCAUGAUGCUGCAGAGUUUGCAGCAACUGAUUCAGUGGGUCACAGAUUUGGCACUUAAUAUGCUUAAUCGGCUGCCUGAGGAGGUGAUGAAAUCUAAAUUAACCGGCAAGCGCCCCAGCUAUGAUAUCAGUCGCGACAUUGUAGCCAUCAGUAGUCUGCGUGAGCUUUUGGUCAUGAUUCGAAUCUGGGGACUGCUGAACACACAAUGCCUUCCCGUCUAUACAAAGACCAUGGAUAAUAUUGAUGUACUUGUGAUUCUGUUUCGUCUCCUCACGCGUCUCGCUCAAAAUCCAUCGGAGCCCGACGAAAUGCUGCUUGACGAGUGCAGCGUUUUGUCCAAGCAGGUUCUAAUACCACAAAUGUCCAAAUACAAUCCGACUACGCUUCUGAGUUCGCAAGGUUAUGCGGCGGUCAAGUCAGGACAGUUAAUGUUUACUUCACUGGUGGAACCGGCCAAUCUGCAAGAGGUGGAGAUGGAAGAGGUCGUCUUCGCCAAUUGCAUCAAGGAUGGCGUAAGCAACCUACAGCUGGGUGCGCAUCCCUCCACCAUCAGGCGCUGUUCCCGCUGUGGGUUUGUUAACAGUGCCAGCAAGGUAGCCAAAACAUCAGCAUUAAAGGCGUGGUAUAAUAAAUGGCUCUAUUGCCAUUGCGGCGGAUUUUGGAAACAAUGCAAUUAGAUUACCAAUUAAGUUUGAAAUAAACACUGGCAUUAGGCAGCUCACAUAAACUGUAUUUUUUACUAGAAUUAGCAAUAGAAAAUAUAUGUACAUACAUACAUAUGUAUA